AUGGCAAGUGAUAUGGAGUUGCCUUGGCUAGUAGGAGGGGAUUUUAAUGUGAUAGUACAUGAAGAUGAGAAGAUAGGGGGGUUGCCAGUACAACCUCCUGAAUAUGAUGAUUUGUCCUUUUGUGUAAACUCAUGUGGAUUGUUUGAUCAAGGGUACAAAGGCAUUCCAUUUACACGGUGGAAUGGAAGACCCAAUUUUGAGUGUAUAUUUGAGAGAUUGGACAGGAUUUUUGUGAACUUGCCAUUUCAGAAUAUGAUGCCAACAAUUGAAGUGGAACAUUUGAUAAGAACUAGAUCAGAUGAUGCCCCAACAAUACAUGCUACAUAUAUGGAAGUGGUGAAAAAGAAUUGGAAUGCUGAUUUUAUUGGAGAUCCAUUCCUAAUGUUCAAGCACAAACUCAAGAAGGUGAACACAACAUUGUCUAAAUGGAGUAGGGAUACAUUUGGUGAUAUUUUCAAAAAGUUAGCUAUAUUAGAAGAUAUUGUUAGGGUAAAGGAGAUGUUGUUUGAGGAGGAGCCAAAUAUAGAGAAUAGGAUAGUUCUUCAGAAAGCUCAAUCAGAGUUGAAGAAGUACUUAAGUAUAGAAGAGCAAUACUGGAAGCAAAAGGCUGUAGUGACAUGGUUUGCUGAGGGUGAUAGGAACACUAGUUUCUUUCACAACCAUGUUAAUGGCAAGAGGAAGAAACUGCAAUUGAAAAGGAUUCAGAAUGGAGAUGGAACAUGGCUUGAAGAUCAAGAGCAGAUGGCUAAUACAACAAUUGAAUUCUAUCAAAGAUAG